AUGAAGAUAAGUCUACUGAAAGCUAGAAAUUUGAUAUCAUUCUCAUAGAGAACCAUUCUCAAUAAAUCUGGUCAAAGCCCCAAUACUGAUAGAAAGAGCUUUUUUGAUUUAAACUAAUCCUAAAAGAAUGAUUCUUCAAAAGAUAAGGAAAAGUCCAAAGAUUCUGAUGCCUAAGAUCAAGGAGAUAAGAAUAAAAGUGGAGGAUUCAUGAGGGAUCAUGAAAAGUCAAGCUAUAAAUCAUUCGAGUAGAGACUAGACUAAAAAAGCUAGCAAUCAUUUAGUAAGUGCUUAUUUAAGGAUAUUGAGAAAGAGAAAGCUGCCCAGAGAGAACUCUCAAAUGAUAUUGAUCUAUUCUCUGAUAAGAUGCCUCCAACUGAACAUGUCUUAGCAGGUCUUGAUGGUAAUACGCAUCUGUUUCAAGGACUUAAAUGGUUUAAAGAUAAUGAGGAGAAAACUUAUGCAUAAUCGCAAGACAAGAAAUUGUGA